UGUUGAUGGUGCUUGAUGGAAGCACAUUUAAGGACGCCCAACUCUCGCGGUAUCUCGUAAAAUCUCGUCACGUGGUACGGAUGCCCUUCUACGCCUGCGACAGAAAACAUGGCAGCGCUCUUGAGGUCCGCACGGUUACUUAAGUUUUCGCCUUCGGGCUUGCUCCACAUUAAUGGGACCAACAGAACCGGUCCAUCUUUGAGUCGACUGUACAGCGGAGCUCUUGGCUACAGAAGAACCGGCGCUUGUCACCGACAGACUUUUUUGAAUCAGGGCAAUGUGUGCAGUGUUUAUGGGCCAUAUAUGGCAGGAUGUGUUCGUAACUUUGCCACUGCCAUGGAACCGAAUGAAGAGGCGGCUAUAGCGGUUCGAUCCAAACAAGCCAAGCAGUUUGACUGGGCACUGUCCAAGCUAGACAGCUCUGUUCGGCGGACAGGUCGUGUUACCAAGACCUUGCUGCUUCAGAUCUUCCAUGACAUCUGCAGGACAGGUUAUCCUAGUGGUAAUCAAGCCUUGCUGUUGCUGCGUAGCUGUGGGUCCCUGCUGCCAGAGGUUCCCCUGUCAGAGCGUACAGAACUUGCCCACCGUGUUUGGGAUAAGCUGAAGGACCUGGGAGCUCAAUAUGAUGCGAGCCACUACAAUGCUCUCCUCAAAGUUUACCUGCAGAAUGAGUUUAAGUUUGCACCCACUGACUUCCUGGCCAAAAUGGAAGAGGCUGGUGUGCAGCCCAACAGAGUAACUUACCAGAGACUAAUUGCUGCCUACUGCCAAGAGGGAAAUAUUGAUGGCUCCAGCACCAUAUUGGGUUUCAUGAAGAGUAAAGAUCUCCCAAUCACUGAAGCAGUUUUCAGCUCGCUAGUCACUGGACAUGCCCGUGCAGGCAACAUUGACAGUGCCAAAGAGAUUCUGACUGUGAUGAAGGGAGCUGGAAUUGAACCUGGUGCUGGAACUUAUGUUUCACUGCUGAACGCCUACGCUGAGAAGGGAGACAUUGAGAGCCUAAAAGAGACUCUGGCUGCAGCAGAAAGUGCAGAUUGUAUUCUGAUGGACAGGGAUCUAAUGCAAGUGGUGUACACUCUGGGUGUGGCUGGCCACCAGGAGCAUAUUCCACAGAUCUUGGAGCGCAUGAGACAUGAAAGGGGAUUCAUUCCAGAUGCCAUUAAUUUGUGUCUCAGCAUGAUCACUCAACACCAGGAGGACACAGCUUUUGCCAUCCUCAAGUCUUUUCCUCCACUGGAGCAGGACGUAUACGCCAGUGACACCGACCUAGGCAACUUCUUCCUUCGACACUGCGUCAACAUGGACACGCCAACGGACAAAAUAUUACACUACUGCAAAGAGCUUCUGGAAUCCAGGAGUCACUCCUCACCAUUCACCUUCGCUCUGGCCUGUGCUCUAGAAUCUAAGAAAAUGGGUAUGUCCUUUGAGUUGAUGAAGAAUAUGCAGGAGCAGGGUCUCCCCAUCAGGCCACAUUACUUCCGGCCCCUGUUCACUCACCUUGCCAAAGAAAAAAACACAGCUGGAGUGGUUGAGGUGAUAAAGGCGAUGCAGGAGCUUGGAGUGACCCCUGAUCAAGAUGCCAUCUCUAAAUACAUCCUCCCUGUUUUUCCCAACAUAAACGCAGCUCGCCAGGCUCUUCAGGACGCCAACAUCCCAAUGGAUUCCAGUGACAUGUUAUUUUUAGAAGUUCGACUGCUGGCUUCAUCUGAUCUCACCAAACUCCACACCUUCCUGUCUGAUCCCUCAAUCCCUGCGAUGGACCUCAAGGUUUUCCGAAGCAGCCUCCUCUCAGGCUUCAGACAGUCAUCGGAUGUGGAGGUCAUGGUGAAGGUGACACAGCUCCUCUUUAACGAUAAGCGCUUCACCAAAGAAACGGCCACAACAGUCGAAACGGUAUCCUUCUUCAUAUACAACCUGAUUGAGAGCAUGUCAGAAGAAGAAAUGCGGAGUCAGCAGGAGAAACUACGCAGAUACUUCAGUCUUUUACAGUCUCAGAACAUUAUUAUCUCUGGAAACGUUUACAAAGGCAUCAGAAACAUUUUGAAUUCCUACCAGGUUCCAGAGCUCAUCACAGCUGUGAGAGCAUUGGUGGACCCGAAUGAGCUUGCAUCCAACAGCACUGAUCCUCCUCAGGCAACUGGAAUUGAGAGUAAAGUUCUGGCUCUGGAAAAUAAACUGGCGGAACUUAAGGCAGAGGACAAACCAAUCGCCACUACGGUCAAGCAGCUUAUCCAGGCUCUCUGCAGUGCUGAAAAUCUUCAACGUGCCCUCGAGCUGAAGCAGGAGUAUGAGGAGGAGAUGACCGCCGGAAGUUACGCCGUCCUCAUCAACCACUGCUGUCGACAGGACAAUGUGGAGGAGAUGCUCCACCUAAAGAGAGAAAUGAGUCGGAAGGAUUCGUCAGCCACGCUGGAUGCCGCUAAAUACAUUGCGGUGGUGAGAGUGCUGGCCAAUAAUGGAAAGGUGGAGGAAGCCGUCGACGUCCUGAAGGAAAUGAAGGAGAAGGAUGUGUUGUUGAGUGACAGCAACAUCACAAUGCUCUUCUACACACUCAACUCUUUAACAUCCUCUGAUGGUGCUCAAACCAUCCGGCUGCUCCAGGACACCAUCUUUGCCCUUGGACUGGCGAAGCCCUCUUCAAAUCUCUGCUCACCUCUGAUUUCUACAUACUUGAACAGUGGUGACCACGCUGGGGCUUUAGAUGCCAUGAUGGAGUGUCAGAAGCGGUACGGACUAAUGCCACGCAUCCAUGACAUCCUGGUCGGACUGGUGGAGAAGGGAGACACCGACCUGCUCCAGAAAGCCAUGGACUUCAUGAGUCAACAGCGUGGAGAGAUGAACAUGCUGUACGAUCUGCUCUUUGCUUUCCUGCAAACUGGACGCUACAAAGAGGCUCGAAAAAUCAUUGAGACCCCAGGACUCAGGGCAAGGCCUGGUCGCUUGCAUUGGUUUGCAGAGAAGUGCAUCACCAAUAACCAGAUGGAGGCCUUGGAGCAGAUGGUGGACAUGACAGCCAAGCUGUUCGAGUGCGACCGAGAUGAGAUGUACAGUUACGUCCUUCGCCUCUGCAAGGUCACAAACAAUUGGCAGAAAGCAGAGGCCGUGUGGACAAAGAUGCAGGAGGAGAACGUGAUUCCCAGAGAUAGAACUCUACAACUAUUGGCCAACAUUUUGAAAAGAAACAACCAGGAGGUGCCCUUCGAAGUGCCAGAGACAUGGUAUGAGUCCUCACCCAAACUGCAGAAGGUCACUAAAGUAGCAGAGCCAGUGGUGACUGAGACUCCUUCACAAAUCCAGGCCAAAAUCCAGUCCUUAUGCAAGAAGAGGAGUGUUAAUGAGGCAUACGAUCUGUUGAUUGAGGCUGAUAAAAAGGAGGUUUCAUUUUCACCCAGCACUUAUGACAAAGUGACCCGAGCCCUUCUGUCCGAGGGGUCAAUCAAGGCUGCCAUGGUCACCAAGGAAAUUGCUGAAUCUCGUAUACCAGGCUACAAACUGAGUGACAUCGCCAGCAGCUUGCUGGUCAUCUCCUACUGUCGGAAGGGCCAGGUGAACGAGGCUCUUGAUGCUCUGAAGUCGAUGCUGCAGGACAACAACGUUCCCUCACCUCUGUCCGUCACCAGACUGGUCCAGGCGCUCUCGAAUCAGGGGGACGUCGCCGGGAUCGAGGAAGUCAAGUCCUUGAUGGAGGGUCUUAAUACGCCACUGAAUGUGACGAGUAUGCUGUUCAUAAACAACAAGGCCCUGGCACACAUAAAAAAUGGCGAUUUGGACCUCGCACUCGAAAUGCUUGAUGAACUUUACACCUCCAGCCAAGAUUCUAAGGGAAACAGCAUGGCCUACGUCUUCCGAAAGGUCAUGGAGGACAACAACGACAAAGCCCUGGACAAGUUGAGCGCGAUGGCGGAGCGACUGGCCAAGCACUUCGCCUCCUACAGACCUGCUCUGGACCUGUUCUUCGGCCUGCUGGAAGCGAGAAAGUACGAGGACGCCAAGUUCAUGUUGGCGCGGGUGAACGGCAUCGCGGAGCAGAAGGACGUCCUGCUCUCCUACAUGAUCCGACUGGCUCAGAGCCCCGGGCAGGUGGAGAAAAUCCAAACCCUGCAGAGCUGGAUCCCAGACUUCGCUGAGAAGGAGGUGGUUUACACUUACCUGAUGAAGUGCCACGUGCUGGACAAGGACUUGUCUGCUGCCAAGUCGCUGUAUGAGCAGAUGAAGCAGGAGAACCUGCAGGUGGACGAGCUGUCGCUCAAGCGUCUGGCCUCUUUGUACCGGGCUGCCGGGGAGACUCCCCCUUUCACCGAGCCUCCGGAAAGUUUCAAGUUCUACGCAGAGAAGCUGAAGGAGAGAGCCAGCCUGGUCCGACCCGCCGCGGAGGAGUGACGACUCAAACCUCCCGUCGAGGUUUUCCCUUUUAUUCCAGCUGUUCCUUUUUAUACCGAUGUUGAUGUGAGCCUAGUUGUUGUUGUUGUUGUCAUGUUGUGUGGGAUGUUCCACUCUUUCCACGGAGCGAGUGAUCGACUGUGACGAAGAUGUAUAGGCGUAUUUAUGCAAAUAAAGAAUGAGGGAUCCCCAAGUCUGCCUGAUUUGACUCCUGAAAGUUCGGAGAAUUUUUCUUUUUCUUGUUACGUUUGAGCAGUCAAGGCAACGGGGGGCAUCGUUUUAGUUGGCAUUUGACAGUGAAAACGUUAGACCUCCCAACUGCAAAUUACUGGGGUAACUCUUCAGGCAGGCAUAUUACCGUUGGGGAGAACACACAAACUUUAAAAAUAUUGCAUCGUUCAUUCACGAUCAAAACUUUCUUCAUCCGUCAGUGGUGACGUCACUCUCGGUCAUGACAUGAGUUUAAGUCCUGAAAUAUUCAGACAAAACGGUUUUGAGGAAUGUUUAUUUCUUUGUUCAGAUCGACAUUCUAACAAUAUUAUCAUCUAUCAGGCUUUGUUUUUGCACCAGCGCAAAAACACGAACAUCACACCAUCUUUAAUCUUUUACGACACGAACACAACCUUUUUUUUUUUUUUUUUUUCUUGAUGAGCAUCACCGAAUAUCUUCGAGGAUUUCCCCACACCCUCCUUUUUUUUAGCGCACAAACUAUUAAGCUUAAUAUCCUCACCGAACAAGAGAUAAAUCUGGAGAAGAGAAAAGAAGAUUGAAAUCAGAAAGCUGCUGAUGGAGGGCCGCCAAAGUGGCGCUUUUGUCACGUGACGCCUACAGCGCGCGAAGACGAGAUUAUAAUUUUUUUGUUUUUUGUGCGGCGUUCUGCUGCCACCCAGCGGCAGGCAUUAACAUAGCAUUUACAAGCGCGUUCAUGAGGGACCAGCCCGCGAUUUAUAUCAAGAAAAUAAAGCGAAAUACAGGGGGCAUAACAAGAAGGGGAUUAAAGAAAAAGUGAUUCUGAAAUGUGUAAAUAUAAGAAUAAAAAC